CAUUCUACCGGUGCCGGCGAUUUGUGUCGACGCGAAUUCCUCAAAUUUCCCCGGUAAUCGGAAAAAAAUUUUAAGAAAAAAAGAGACAGAACUGAGGCUCUCUCUUUUUCAUCCUAACCGCGAGGUGAUGAUCACGAGUGUUUUUUGAUGUUUUUUUGCAUUCGCAAAAAAUCUAGGGUCAUCAAUUAUCUGCAGUGUCAUUUGAAAGUCUAGGAUUUUAUAGAGCCUAGUAAAUUUUGAACCCAAGAAUUGUCUUGGCUUGCGAAGUUCGCUUUAAUUUUUUUUUCAAAGGGAAGCCCGCCCAAUGGUAGGCGAAAUAACAGGAUUAUGUGAGCCAAAAGUGUCUUACCAAGGGAGAAGGGGGGCACCACUUUUAGGAUCCUGCGCGCAGAUUCUGAAGAUGAUACGCGUACAUUAGAAUCAUCCCUCUAACUCAUUCGGAGUUUGGGAAAGAAAUACCUUGAGCCUCUUGAGCAGCUAAGAAGAACUUUGGUGAACGGUUCCAUUUUAACAAAAGAGGUUUAAGGGAAUUGAAAGAGAGUGCAUAAUACUUUAAAGGAUUUAAUAAGAUAGGAUAAACAAUUUGUAUUAAAGUAAUAUCCAAGAAAUUCUCAGUCCAUCAGAUAAAAAACCAAAAACCACACUAAAAUGUCGGGGACCACUUGCCCCAGAGCUUCGAUCCUCUGGAUCACAAUUCUCUCUUUUUUCCUAAAACCUGAAGAUGCCCUCGGAAGCAGCGAGAUGUACACGAAAAUGUUCUCUAGCCAGCAGAACCCAGCGGACCCCUGCUACGAUGAGGACCGUCCUCGCAGGUGUAUUCCAGAGUUUGUAAAUGCAGCUUUUGGUGCGACGGUGGAAGCAUCUUCAACAUGUGGAAACGGCGGGCCCACUCGGUACUGCGACGUCUUCGAGCAACCCGGAGGAAACACUGGAAUUGGGCAGUGUCAUGUCUGCGAUGACAGCACCCCUCGCCGGAGAUUCCCGCCCAGCCAUCUAACUGAUCUAAACAACCCAAACAACGUGACCUGCUGGAGGAGCGAACCGAUGGUCUCCUCCCAGAGUUUCUCCGCACCACCAGACAACGUGACCUUGACGCUUUCCCUAGGAAAGAAGUAUGAACUGACCUACGUGAGCCUGCAGUUCUGUCCCAAAGCAGCCAAGCCUGAUUCGAUCGCGAUCUACAAGUCCAUGGACUACGGCAAGACCUGGCAGCCCUUCCAGUUUUAUUCCUCCCAGUGUCGCAGAGUUUAUGGUCGACCGAAUAGAGCAACCAUCACGAAGUCAAAUGAACAAGAGGCCAGGUGCACUGACAGUCAUAGAUACACCGGGGGAGAUGGGUUAGGACCUGUUGGAAGAAUCGCUUUCAGUACUUUGGAAGGAAGACCUUCAGCAGCCGAUUUUGACAAUUCGCCUGUUCUCCAAGACUGGGUGACCGCAACCGACAUCAGGGUAGUUUUCAAUCGUUUACAUAUGCCACAACAAGGGCAGGACGCAUUUUCAGUGGGGUCUGAGGAUAACCUAGGCCAGGAAGAAGUUGCUAAGAAGGAACGUGAACGCGAAGAGAAGUUGAAGAAAAGCUUAUUCCUGAGACUGAAUGAUCCCCUGGUGACUGCCCUGCCAUCGGUUCACCAGGUGCUAGCGCCUCAGGAGAUGCAGUCUAAUGAUGCUCUUGAGCCGGAGGAGAUGAGUUUCGUGGGUAUUGGGGGAGUUACUUCGUCUUCCGCUACAACGAUGGUGCCGACUACGGCGGGUACCACUUUGGCGCAUCAUUACGCAGUGUCGGACUUCGCGGUCGGCGGAAGGUGCAAGUGCAACGGCCACGCGGCGAGGUGCGUCACUGGGAAGGACGGUCAGGUUGGUUGCGAAUGUCGACAUAACACCGCCGGAAGGGACUGCGAGAAGUGCAGGCCCUUCCACUUUGAUAGACCUUGGGCUCGAGCCACCGCCAGGGACGCCAACGAGUGCAAAGUGUGCAACUGCAACCUGCACGCGAGAAAAUGCAGGUUCAACAUGGAACUGUACAAGUUGUCCGGUCGCGUGAGCGGAGGCGUUUGUCUGCAGUGCAGGCACUUCACGGCCGGUCGACAUUGUCACUACUGCAGAGAGGGAUACUACAAAGACCCUACGAAAGCCAUAACGCACCGCAAAGCCUGCAAACCUUGCGAUUGUCAUCCAAUCGGGGCUUCAGGAAAGACCUGUAAUCAGAGCACCGGCCAAUGCCCAUGCAAGGAUGGCGUAACUGGCACGACAUGCAAUAGGUGUGCCAGAGGUUACCAGCAAAGCAGAUCGCACAUCGCUCCUUGCAUCAAAAUUCCAAGAGUCGUGCAGACCCAAGGCACGGCAAGUGAAGAUAACGGCGAUCACGAUGAUGAGGACGAAGAACGCUAUGAUGGAAGAGCUGAUCAGUGCGGAAAAUGCAGAGCAAGUACGAAAAGGCUGAACCUCAAUAAAUACUGCAAAAGAGAUUACGCUAUCCUGGUUAAAGUGACAGAUAGGCACAAGAAGAGCGAUGGACCGCAAAAUGGAAUCGCUGCCCCCGGUUCUUCCUGGGUGCAAUUCCCUCUGGAUGUCAUCCUUCUCUACAAGCGAAACCGGAACUCUCGUAUUCAGCGGGGACCUAUUACACUUUAUGUCCACACUGCUGAUCUGGCAUGCAGAUGUCCCAAAAUCAAACCUUAUAAAUCCUACCUAAUUUUGGGCAUGGAGAGCGAUGGUGGAGGCCAAGAGGGUCUAACAGUGACGCAGAAGUCGAUCGUCAUCGAGUGGCGCGACGAGUGGCGCCGCCGAAUGCGGCGCUUUGAGCGAAGGGCGAGGACUUGUCAUUGAGGAGGUUCCGCAACAGGCCCUCUUUUUGGUCCUUCGAGCCUACUUUCGAACUUCCCUUCUCGCAAGGACCGUUAAUCUGACUUCUGAAUUGGUACCGAUUGGUUUCGUCCUCAGUACCUAAAUGCUCUCACGAUAAUUGCGAAAAACGUCGAUGUGCGCUUAAGAGUGAAUGAAAUCGCCACCCUAACUUCGUUGAUCAACAGGUCAAUAAAGGGUCGCGAUAACUUCAGCUGUACUCAUUUUUUGGCCAAUUGGCCACGGGCGUUCGCCGUGAGAAACGCCGAGAGCAAAAUAAUUGCGAAACGCCUGCAGGAUUUCAGGAUUAAGACGAACUUGUAGUUCCACUACAAUAUUGCGCCAAUUUGCCAUACUAUAUUUAUUUAGGAAUCGGCGAUUCGCGGAGGAUUAUGAUAUCUACGAGGGGAACCUACACCCUUCGACCAUUACUAAAUUUUUAAUAUGACGAAGUAAGAAGACGUAUUUUUCAACUAUUCGCGAGAAAAAAGGUUUUCAAAAAAUUUCAAAUUUCGCUUAGAUUAAGCGGUGGCGCUCCGUGUUUGUAACCGACAAGACCGGGUUCGAU